AUGUCGAACAAAGAAGCGACCCAUCCGGACCCAGCUGUGGUGCCUCAGGAUCUAUCCGCAGAAGAGAAACGAAGCCUCGACCCUGUUAAACCUCCUCAGAAUCUACCCAAUGCAGUUUCAACGUCAAUUUCCAAGGCAGACGAAUUGGUGUUGCGCUUGAGCAAACUGAUCAAGACGACCGCUGGUCUCGGCGCUGGUCUCUCCACGUUGAACUACGCCCUCUACGUCGCUGCAUACCUCCAUGCGCAAUCCCCGAGCCGCGCCGCAGUCAUCGCGUACAUCUCGCGCCUGAUCGGGCGGUCAUCCAAAGUCCCAACCAUCGUCACACCACCUACCUCCGCAGCAGCAACAUCCUUCCUCACCCCUCUCGGUGCCCUUAUCUCCGACACUCGCACCACCCUCCGCCUGACAGGUCUGAUCCCGCUGUACAUAUGGAUGAAGACCCUACUAUCCAAGAAAGCGUCCAAGGAGAUGGACCCAUCCCUACACCGCAUUGCCCUGCUCCAAUGCGGCGGGUACAUUGGGUUCCAGCUGCUCGAAAACAUCUACCACCUGGCCGGCAAAGGCCUCGUUCCCAUCUCCUUCCUCGAAAAGCGCGGAGGUGUCGCCAAGUGGGUGGCAUGGAGCUGUCGUGCAUGGCUCGUCGGGGUAGCCUCGGAUUUCUUGCGAUUGUGGCGUGAGGCCGAGCUCGAGAAGUCUCGUGCCUCCACCCGCUCCGCAAAGGAGAAGGAGGAGUAUGAUCGUAAGUGGUGGAACGAGUUCAUGACCGCCGCGUAUUGGAUCCCCGUCGCCAUCCAGUAUAGCAACUAUCCAGAUGGUAUUGGGUUGAGCACUGGUGCUGUGGGUUUCUUGGGCUUGAUGGCCGGCUUGACAAAUUUCAGAAAUGCGUGGGCCGCGACCGCUUGA